UUACAGCAGCAGCAGCUGGGGAGGUGGGGGUGUGUGUGGGUGUAGGGGGGGUGAAGCUCUCCCUGCAUCAAUGAGCCUGUUUAUCAGAAAAGACCACUAGACUGGUAAUGACACGGUUCACUGAUCAGCCCAGGAGAAAGUAAACCUCAGCUUUCACCUUCCUUCCUAUAUUUAAGCCGGACGUUCGCCCUCGAUUGUUUCAGUCUACCUCACUGUGCGCUCCACCGGGAUCCUGGGAUGAUUUGGACCGCAGCUCUCCUCGUGAUCGUCGGCUCAUACGCUGACUCAGAUGACUACUGUUAUGAUGAGCCAUAUUGUGAUCCUUACUCAUGGGGAGACAUGGUCCCUUCCUGUUACCCUUUACUUGAUCACCAUCACUCUCCCAUCAACUUGGACGAACACAUGGUCAGAAACGCCUCUCUGGGCGCUCUGUAUCUAGAGGGCUUCGAGGAGACGCAAACAGGCCACUGGACGCUCAAAAACGACGGGCACUCAGUCAUACUGCAGGUCGGCAGCGGCAUGGCGGUGAGUGGUGGCGGUCUUCCAGAUGUGUACCACACCAUCCAGCUGCACUUCCACUGGGGAGGUCCGGCGUCCAACGGCUCAGAGCACACUGUGGACAGACGCAGAUACCCAAUGGAGAUGCACAUAGUCAACAUGAAGUCCAUCCAUCCAAAUCUGUCUGCAGCCCUCGACGAUCCAACGGGACUUGCCGUUCUUGGAUUCUUCAUUGAUGUUGUGUAUGCAGAUAAUGUGCACUUUGGACACAUCUCACAGAAACUCUCCUCUGUUGCUUACAAAGGGCAAGCAACUAAAGUAAAGCCAUUUCCUCUAAUGAGCCUCCUGCCGAAGCACAACAUGAGUCAGUAUUACAGAUAUUACGGCAGCCUUACCACACCUCCAUGUUCUCAAGCGGUUGUGUGGACUUUGUAUGAGGUCCCCAUCUACAUUUCAUGGUCCCAACUGGCUCAGUUUACCUCGCAGAUCUUCUCCACAGAGGAGGACGCAGAGCAGGUGACCCCUCUCCAGAACAAUUUCAGACACAUUCAUCACAUCUUCAGUCGCGUUGUCUCAGCCUCCAUAGAUGCCAAACUCCUCAGAGGAGCGGCUGGUCGAACCCUCUUGUCUGCUACAUCAGUACAUCUGCUUCCAGUCCUUUUACUGGGAGGCUUCUUAUCUGGACUUUAGCACCAUGUUAAAUCCAAGGCGUGAAAUAGUACAACACCAAAAUUAAAAUUAAAUAAAUAAAGAACAGGUUAGUUGAACUUUUCAUUUAAGGAGAAGUUUUCAGACAUUUAGAAAUACUCUAGGAAAAACAAGCAAACUGUGAAGAAGAGUACUGUAAGUGUUAUUUAACGUCUCAUGUGUUUUCAGGAAAUUUGAUUUCAUUAGCAUGUUGCUAACCGUUUAAUGUGAAGCCUUUUGCAUUUAAAGUGUGCUUUUAAAAACUACAACCUAAUGUACAUGCAUAUAUCCUUUGUUUUUCUGUA